AUGGCCUCCAACUGCGCGGGGGGCUCGUCGGCGGGCGGCGUCGGGGCGGCGCUGGGCUCGGCGCUGAGCGCCAGCAAGACCAAGACCAAGAAGAAGCACUUCGUGUGCCAGAAGGUGAAGCUGUUCCGCGCCUCCGAGCCGCUGCUCAGCGUCCUCAUGUGGGGCGCCAACCACACGAUCAAUGAACUCAGCAAUGUUCCUGUUCCUGUCAUGUUAAUGCCCGAUGACUUUAAAGCCUACAGUAAGAUUAAGGUGGACAAUCAUCUAUUCAACAAGGAAAACCUGCCAAGUCGCUUCAAAUUUAAGGAGUACUGUCCGCUGGUCUUCCGAAACCUCCGGGAAAGAUUCGGAAUCGAUGAUCAGGACUACCAGAACUCGGUGACGCGGAGCGCCCCGGUGAACAGCGACAGCCAGGGCCGGUGCGGCGCCCGCUUCCUCACCACCUACGACCGGAGGUUCGUCAUCAAGGCGGUGUCGAGCGAGGACGUGGCGGAGAUGCACAACAUCUUAAAGAAGUACCACCAGUUCAUAGUGGAGUGCCACGGGAACACCCUCCUGCCCCAGUUCCUGGGCAUGUACCGGCUCACCGUGGACGGCGUGGAGACCUACAUGGUGGUCACCAGGAACGUGUUCAGCCACAGGCUGACCGUGCACCGCAAGUACGACCUCAAGGGCUCAACAGUAUCCAGGGAAGCAAGUGAUAAAGAGAAGGCCAAGGAUCUGCCGACGUUCAAGGACAACGACUUCCUAAACGAGGGCCAGAAGCUGCACGUUGGAGAGGAGAGUAAAAAGAACUUCCUUGAGAAGCUGAAGCGGGAUGUGGAGUUUCUAGCUCAACUGAAGAUCAUGGACUACAGCCUGCUGGUUGGGAUCCAUGAUGUUGACCGGGCAGAGCAGGAAGAGAUGGAAGUAGAGGAUCGGGCAGAGGAUGAGGAGUGUGAGAAUGAUGGGCUCAGUGGCAACCCCAUUUCCUCCUAUGGCACCCCCCCUGACAGCCCGGGCAAUCUCCUCAACUACCCUCGUUUCUUCGGGCCUGGAGAGUUUGAUCCUUCUGUCGAUGUCUAUGCUAUGAAAAGCCACGAAAGUGCUCCCAAGAAGGAAGUUUACUUCAUGGCCAUUAUAGACAUUCUUACGCCGUACGAUGCGAAGAAGAAAGCUGCACAUGCUGCCAAAACAGUGAAACAUGGGGCUGGGGCAGAGAUCUCCACCGUGAACCCAGAGCAGUACUCGAAACGCUUCAAUGAAUUUAUGUCCAAUAUCCUGACAUAGUCGUCUUCAACCUGCAGCGAGACGUGGAGAGAAGAGGGGCUACUUCCGAGCAGAGAAUGCAGCCUGUGACACUAAAACAGACACUGUAGCAGCAUGUGGGGUGUGCGUGUGUGAGCAGGAGCGAGUGUGUGGCACUGUGUGACUUCAAAGAAAACUAAUUCUAGGUGCACCCUCCAACAGUCCACUUGACCCAGGUGGAAAAGUGGCUUUUUACGUUACAGAAGUGCCCAGACACCGAUUUGAGGGCUUUUUAAACCGAGAAAAGUGCGUUGUUUYAGCACUGCUCUUUCUAAUGACAUUUUCUCCUCUCUGAUCCAGAGAAUCCUGUAGGGAUGUGACAUGUGGCACUGUGUAGAAGGGUCGCUCUAGAUUAUGUUCAGUGAGAGUGAAGCAGUGCCUGAUUCCACAAACUACUACUACUUUUUUAUUGGACUGUCUAUCUGAAAGACACACAAGCCCUUUUAUUUCCCUCUUGGUAGGAAUUGGAAGGAAAAUUGCUCACCAUUUCGAGGAUGGAAAAUAUUAAUCUGACAAGAAGGAAUCGCUGAACUUUAGGUAAAUCAGACUGGGACACUUUAUGUUUUUUGGG